AUGCACUACCAUCGACAUUCCCAUAUUUUGCGUAACAUCCAAGAUUCGUUGGUUUAUUCCCGACUCGCUCGACCCGAUAAGCGCUACGUGCUCCUCUACGCGCCGCUGCAGUUCGAGUACCGGUACUACGUCUCGUCGCGCGACGGCGACAACGACAUCUCGGGCCGGCUCGACUUCCUGCUGUGGAGCUACGACCCGGACUACUGGUUCGACUGUCGCGAGAGCAUCGAGGUGGGCCAGCGCAGCGCGGACCCGAACCGCAGCAAGAGCCGGUGGACGCGCGUCAACUACGAGGCGUUUAGUAACCUGUUGUCGGUCAAUAUGUCGUGGAUCUGCGACGACGAGAGUCCCGGAAACCCGUGA